AAGAAACACACACAAAAACACACACACAAAGAAAAAAAAAAUUAUACCAAUAAUAUAUAUGAUAUUAUUAAUAAAGACAAUUUUGAUGAAAACAAAAAUAUAUUUGAAUUUUUAAAUCCUAUAUUUAAUUAUGAUAAUGUACAGAAUUUUAUAAAUCAUUAUAUACAUAUAAUAAAGAAUUAUAAUGAUACUUAUUUAAAACAUUAUAUAUAUCAUUAUUAUUUAUUUAAUUAUGAUUUUACCUUUCAAAAUGUCUAUAAUUUUUCUAACAUUGAACAUAUUCACUACAUAAAAAAUGAUGCUAAUCCUCCUCCAUGUAGCAACAACAACAAUAAUAAUAAUAAUAUUAAAUAUAAUAAUAAUAUACAUUUAUUAUAUACCAGUAUUAUUAAUACGUAUGUAAAUUUCUGUGCGUGCCCUACCAAACUUAACCAAUAUAAUAGUAGUAAUAAUAAUCGUAUUUCCCAAUAUAAAUUUUUAUAUGAUAACUAUUGCAUGUACAAUAAUCAGAAUUAUGUUG